UACUGCUUUAUUCUUUGUGGCAUUGAAGCAACAACCUCUCUUCAAAAAUGGAGCAAUCAAAAUUUCCCAUUCUUCGCUUAGUGCAACUUUAAGUUCACUCACAGUUCUUGGAAAGACCUUACAACUCUGGAUAUUGUCUUUUAACUGCUUCCAGAUGUUUUCUAUUAGAUUUAGGUCAGGAGAAUUUGCCAACCACAAUAUUAUUCUUCAACCAAUCCUUGGUUAUUUUUGCG